AGAAAAAGAGAAACCGCAGAGAGUGUCAGUGUGGUGUUUAGCAGUGCAAACAUCUUAACAUGACGCAGAUAUGGCUUCUCUGGUGGCCAAAGAAUCCAACCACCACCACCAUCAAAAUUCAUGGUGGUGAUGAUGUUCAAGAAGUCGCAGGCAAUAAUAUUAUUGCCUACGGCAACGCCACCACCACUACUAGAGCUUCUACUUUUGCUUCUGCUUCUGCUUCAUCAUCAUCAUCAUCACAUUGCAGCUGUGUGUCAAAGCUGGUGAGGAAGUUGAAAAGGAAUUUCCGAACAUUGGGUUCUGGAUUGACAAUCACUAGUACUACUCCACACCAAGCAGGUUCAAAAUACUUGCAGUGCCGGUACGAUCCGUUAAGCUAUUCUCUAAACUUCGACAGCAGUGGAAGUGGAUGUGGUAAUUUAGAUGAAGAUUACUAUCACUUCUAUGCUUUCUCUUCAAGGUUUGUUGCCAACCCAACAUCAUGCCCCAGACUACUACUCCCCACCACCACCAUUCCCACAACCGCUACUAAUACUACUCACUAGCUACAAAAUAUAUCAAAUAUCUACCAUUUAUAUCUAUAAAAUAGUUUAAUGUUUAAUUAAUCAGCUGGUGAUCCAUCAUCAUUAUUGUAGCUUUUCUUCUUAGUUUUGUUUACUAUUACUAACAUACUUCUACUUUAAGAGAGAAAGAUCUAGAGAUGGUUUUAUAUAUUAUAUUAUAUAUCCUCCGUCAUGUUUACUGAACUCCAUCGUAUGGAUAUAAAUAUAUUUUCCAUAUUUUGACUAGUAUAUUGCUUUGCUAUCCAAACUGUUUAACCUUUUUAUCUUAUUUUUUCUGAUUUAUUAUUUUUUAAAUUUAAUUAUUUAUUUUUAUUUUGUUUGGUUUCUAAUGUCAAUUUCAGUUACCAAAUGAAACGCAACCAGUAAAUUGGAGGAAACCAAGAUGGAGAAUCAAUUUUAUCUAAGAACCAAAAAUAGGCUAUUUUUGCAAGUAUAUAAUUGUAUUUGGCAAAAAAUUGUAAAACCAGAAAAAACACUUUCUGGUUUGACCCAAAAAUAAAUUAAGCUGUUCCGGGUUUCAUGGUCAGGUUCUUCCUCUUUAUAAGCUGAAUCUGUGUGCUGUGAAAGAGAGCAUUAAAUAAACUUUAAAAAAAGAAUGGCAUGAGAGAGAGAGAGAGAGAGAGAGAGAGAGAGAGGUUCUGUGGUCAUCCAUGUGCAGAGCUCUCAGCGGCAGGUACAAUCUCAAAGCAGUUUGCUGAGAAGGCUGAAUUUUGAAACUUGAAUUAUUGUUUUGGGAGACAACUCCGUGAAU